CGUGUCCCUCCAGGAAUCCUGAUAAAAGGCAGGCGGGAGGAGCGAUGCGAUGCAGUGUGUCCCAUCCGGUCAUCCUGAGCUCGCCUCGCCGGGUUAUCAGCUAUGGCGCUGACACUGAUAUCCAUCUUGGUUGCUGCCAUCCCCGUGUCCUACUGCUAUCCUGCUGUGUUUCACGACCUAAAGGAAACUAGGACAAACCGGACCUCCAUUAGGUUCCUGGCUCUGGGGGACUGGGGCGGGUUGCCUCAACCCCCCUACAUCACCCCCGUGCAGAAGGUCACCGCCCGGGAAAUGGCCAACGUCGCGGAGCAGUUGGGAGCCGACUUUAUUCUGGCCCUCGGCGAUAACUUCUACUACAGAGGCGUGCGCAGCGUGGAUUCUCCUCGCUUCCAUGACACGUUUGAGUCUGUUUACACAGCAAAGUCACUCCAGGUCCCCUGGUAUCUGAUCGCUGGCAAUCACGACCACGCAGGGAGCGUCAAAGCCCAGAUCGAGUACAGCCAGAAGUCCGACCGAUGGAACUUCCCCUCCUACUAUUAUGAGCUGAACUUCCGCAUCCCCAACACCGGGAAGACGUUGACCAUCAUCAUGCUGGACACCAUCCUGCUGUGCGGCAACAGCGACGACUUCGUGGACGAGAAGCCCCGAGGGCCUCUGCGCGCGGUGGACGCCAACCGCCAGCUGGCGUGGCUGCAGUUGAGACUGGCUCGGUCCAAGGCGGACUUCCUGUUGGUGGCCGGCCACUACCCCGUGUGGUCGGUGUCCGAGCACGGGCCCACACACUGCCUCCUGCGCAGGCUUCGUCCCCUUCUCAUGAAAUACAACGCCACCGCGUACCUCUGCGGUCACGACCACAAUCUGCAGUACAUCGAGGAGUCCGGUGUGGGCUACGUGGUGAGCGGUGCUGGAAACUUCCUGGAUCCCGAUGUCAGUCACUGGAAUGAUGUUCCCAGAGGUACCGUGAAGUUCUUCACCGGCGAGGUUUCGACACUGGGAGGCUUCGUCCACGCGGAGGUCACAAAGAACGAGAUGACCCUGACCUACUUCCAGGCUAAAGGCACGUCCCUCUAUCGCACCGUCCUCCCACAAAGGGUCUUUUGAGGAGACGAGAUAGUCGCGGCAACUGCCAAAUUUGUCAAUUUGCAUGAAGUAAUUGCUAACUUCUGUUUUCUUCUUCUUUUUUUACUUUGGUGUUAUUACUUCAAAGUAAUUUGUAUUUUGAAGAGAGACUCUUUUAAGUGUUACAUGUUUUUUUGUUGUGCUAAAACAAUAAAUGUGGUUUGUAAAGUGUU